AUUUGAGUCGAGUGUGUGUGCUAGAAAAAGUUGGUAGCAUUGAUGAUAACUUAUUUAUUGAUGUGGUGAUGGUCUUCCUCUAUGAUAAAGAUUCCCCGAGGCAGCAAAAAAGAAAAAGCAUGAGCUGCAAUGGUUGCCGAGUCCUCCGCAAAAGAUGCAGCGAGAGGUGCAGCCUGAGAUCCUCCCUGAACUGGAUCGAUUGUCCGCAUGCACAGGCCCAUGCAACUCUCUUCCUGGCUAAGUUCUUCGGCCGUAGCGACCUCAUGUUUUUCAUCUCCUCCGUCCCACUAAACAACAGACCCGCGCUCUUUCAGUCUCUUCUGUUUGAAGCGUGCGGACGGACCGUUAAUCCCGUUAACGGUGCCGUCGGACUCCUGCUGAGCGGUAACUGGCACGUGUGCCAGGCCGCCGUCCACACGGUGCUCGCCGGAGGCGUUCUCCGGCCGCUGUCGGAGGUUGUGGCGCCAUCAGAAAGCAUGUUCUCUCAUCAGUUCCAGUCUCUGGCGUCAGAUUCUUUGAAGAGAAGCAGCGAUGCAACAGCACCGGUUAUGUCGACCAUGGUUUCUGGAGAAUCAGAGAUUUGCAGCAGCGACGAUGGGAAAAAGCUUUUGAAUCUGUUCGUCUAGUUAUUUGAUUAUGAGCGGAGAGGGAGAUUCACUUCUCCUACGUACCUUGAAUGCUCGGGGCAAGAACAAGCUAAGUUGGAAUAACAACAACCUAAUUAAAGAGAAUGCCUUUCGAUAUUCUAGUUCCAUAAUUUUUGAGGCAAUACUAAUAUUAUUAUAUAUUUACUUUCUUUUUUUAAUUUCAUUUCUCAUUACAUCAUCUAUUACAUAUAUCAUCUUCUCUCA